AUGGCGUGUCCUCCCACUGUCAGCUUGCAUUCCUUCUCAGAGAAGCUGCUAGACAAACACGUGCACUUCCAGAUAUAUUGCCUUAAAGACAGCUGUCUCAUCUGGAUAGGCCACGAUCCUGCUGUCAUGAAGAAUCUUUCCGUCGCCAUGCCGAACCCUCGGCUUUCCGCGUGCCCUGUGGCCACGUCUCACCUGAUGGGUGACUUUGAUGACACGACCUCCACUGCGCUCGCCGAGCGUCUGUCGAAGAAAACCAAGCAGCAAGUGUUUGUCAGUAGUAACUUGCCGUUAGAUUACAUGCAGGUUCCGUUGGUAGAGCAGUGCAUAAUGAAGAAACUCGGCAAGAUAUUUUUGCAGGCGACGUCCGAUUGA